AUGGAGGCCGGAGAGGAAAAGGAACGCGUUCUGAAGCAAAGGCAAGUCUUGCUAUUUUUUGCUUUGCUGGGCAUAGCUCAGGCUGAUUUCGAACUUAGGCACUAUUCAGUGGCUGAGGAAAUGGAGAGUGGAUCCUUUGUAGCUAAUUUGUUAAAUGACCUGGGACUGGAGAUAGACGAGUUAGCUGCGCGGGGGCCUCAAGUCAUUUCCAAAGGGAAAAAAUUGAAUUUGCAGGUCGAUAGGCAGACCGGAGAUUUGUUAUUAAAUGAGAAAUUGGACCGCGAGGAACUGUGUGGCCCCACGGAGCCGUGUGUACUACCGUUCCAGAUAUUACUGGAAAAUCCCUUGGAGAUUUUUCAGGCUGAGCUACGGAUUAGGGAUAUAAAUGAUCAUUCUCCAGUAUUUCUAGACAAGGAAAUUAUUUUGAAAAUUUCAGAAAGUAUCUCUCCUGGAACCACUUUCCUAAUAGAACGAGCCCAGGACUUAGAUGUAGGAUGUAACAGUCUGCAAAAUUACACCAUAAACCCCAAUUUCCACUUCCAUCUUAAAUUGCAAGAUAGUUCCACUGGCAUAUUGCCACAGUUGGUCCUGGACAAAGCACUGGAUCGCGAAGAACAGGCUGAGAUCAGUUUAACGCUCACAGCGUUGGAUGGUGGGACUCCACCGAGAUCUGGCUCUGCCCUGGUCCUCAUUGAAGUCGUAGACAUCAACGACAAUGCCCCUGAAUUUGCAAAGCUGCUCUAUGAAGUACAGGUCCCUGAGAACAGACCCAUUGGAUCCCAGGUUGCUAUCGUCUCUGCUAGAGAUUUAGACACUGGAACUAAUGGAGAAAUAUCCUACACAUUUUCCCAAGCCUCCGAAGACAUUCGCAAAACGUUUCAAAUAAAUACACAAUCUGGAGAACUUCUUUUAACACAGAAACUAGAUUUUGAAUCCGUUCAGACUUAUACAGUAAAUAUUCAAGCGAUAGAUGGUGGGGGGCUUUCUGGAAGUUGUGUGUUGUUUGUUCAAGUGAUGGAUUUGAAUGAUAACCCUCCGGAAUUGACCAUAUCAACACUUAUCAACCAUAUCCCAGAAAAUGUGCAAGAGACCAUAGUUGCUGUAUUCAGUGUUUCAGAUCCUGAUUCAGGAGAUAAUGGAAGGACGGUUUGCUUCAUCCAAGAUGGUCUUCCUUUCUUUCUGAAACAUUCUGUUGGGAAUUUUUACACUCUUUUGAUAAACACGGCGCUGGACAGAGAGACCAUAUCCGAGUAUAAUGUCACAAUCACAGUUACAGACUUGGGAUCCCCCAGGUUGGAAACCCAGCAAAACGUAACUAUUUGGGUCUUAGAUGUCAAUGACAACGCUCCAACUUUCGAUCAAACCUCUUACACUAUGUUCAUCCGCGAAAACAAUAGUCCCGCCCAGCACUUGGGUAGCGUCUGCGCCACAGAUAGAGAUUCAGGUGCCAAUGCACAAAUCACAUACUCGAUGCUGCCGCCACAGGACCCACACCUCCCUCUCGCCUCCAUGGUCUCCAUCAACGCUGACAACGGGCAUCUGUUCGCUCUGAGGUCGCUGGAUUACGAGGCACAGCGAGCAUUUGAGUUCCGCGUGGGCGCGGCAGACGCGGGCUCCCCGGCUCUGAGCAGCGAGGCGUUGGUGCGCGUGGUGGUGGUGGACGACAAUGACAACUCUCCCUUCGUGCUGUAUCCGCUGCAGAAUGGCUCUGCGCCCUCCACCGAGCUGGUGCCCAGGGCAGCCGAGGCGGGCUACUUGGUGACCAAGGUGGUGGCGGUGGAUGGCGACUCAGGCCAGAACGCCUGGCUGUCCUAUCAGCUGCUCAAGGCCACGGAGCCCGGACUGUUCAGUGUGUGGGCGCACAACGGCGAGGUGCGCACCUCCAGGCUGCUGAGUGAGCGCGACGCAACGAAGCAUAGACUAAUCGUGCUGGUCAAGGACAAUGGGGUACCGCCAAUGUCGGCCACCGUCACGCUGCACGUGCUUCUAGUGGACGGCUUCUCUCAGCCUUACCUGCCCCUCCCUGAGGUGGUCCCCAGCGAGGUCCAGACAGACUCGCUCACCAUCUACUUGGUCAUUGCAUUGGCAUCUGUCUCGUCACUCUUCCUGUUCUCCGUGCUCCUGUUCAUCACGCUGCGACUGUGCAAGAGAUACAGAUCCGCCUCAGUGCCAGGAGGUCAUUUUCCAGGCAAUUUAGUGGACGUCAGCGGCACUGGAACCCUAUCCCAGAACUACCAGUACGAGGUUUGCCUGACCGGAGGUUCUGGGACCAGCGAGUUCAAGUUUCUGAAGCCAAUUAUACCCAACUUACUUUCACAGGGUGCUGAGAGGGUUAAUGAGACAAAUGCUAGUUUCAGGAAUAGCUUUGAAUUCAGUUAA